GAACCUAAACUCUAAAAAAAGGAAGAGACCCUUCCUCCAAGAGACUCUGACAUCCCAUAUAUACCCCCGUGUGGACUCCUAGUCACCAUGGAAAGCAUUGCAUCGUUUCUACUUCAGUCAUUGAACCCUGCUACAGCCAAGCAAGCUGAGCAGCAAUUGAAGGCCGCCGAAUCCCAGCCCGGGUUCUCCCUCCUCCUCCUCCAGAUCGUCGCCUCUGGAGCAGACAAUGCAACCCGUCAAGCAGCAGCCCUCUACUUCAAGAACUUUGUCCGAACAAAUUGGGCCGAUGACGAUGACAAGAAGAUCUCAGAAUCAGAUCGAGGCUCAAUCAAGCGCGAAAUCAUCGGUCUCAUGAUUUCCGUCCCGCCACUUUUGCAGGUGCAGUUGGGUGAGGCGGUUUCGAUCAUCGCUGACACGGAUUUCCCUCACAACUGGGAUACGUUGAUUGACGACCUUGUGUCGCGGUUAUCACCUGAUGAUAUGGUCCGCAAUAACGGUGUUCUUCAGACUGCGCACUCGAUCUUCAAGCGCUGGAGAUCACAGUUCCGUACUGAUGAGCUCUUCACUGAGAUCAAGUUCGUCCUCGACAGAUUCUGUGUCCCUUACCUCCAGCUCUUCGCCCGCGUCGACGAACUCAUCUCCUCUACCACCGACCGCGCAGCGCUCGCUAUGCUCUUCCAGACCCUUCACAUUAUCGUCAAGAUAUUCUUUGACCUCAACUGCCAGGAUAUCCCCGAGUUCUUCGAAGACAACAUGCCGCAAUGUAUGGGCUUGAUGCACAAGUACCUCUCCUACGCCAACCCUGUGCUCAACACUGACGAUGACGAGGAAGCUGGGCCCGUGGAGAAGGUCAAGGCGGGUAUCUGUGAGGUCGUGGAGCUCUACACCCAAAGAUACGAGGAAGAAUUCUCUCAACUCCCGGACUUCGUCAACACCACCUGGUCCCUCCUCACCACCACCGGCCUCGAAGCCAAAUACGACCUCCUCGUCUCCCGCGCCAUGGCUUUCCUCACAUCUGUUGUCAAAGUCCAACGGCACUCCGCUCUCUUCUCCUCCGAAGACGUCCUCCGCCAGUUUGUCGAGAAGAUCAUCCUUCCCAACAUGUCCCUCCGCGAAGCCGACGAAGAGCUCUUCGAGGACGAUCCUAUCGAGUUCAUCCGUCGUGAUCUCGAGGGAUCGGAUUCUGACACCAGGAGAAGAAGCGCGACGGAUUUGGUGCGUGGGUUGAUGGAGCAGUUUGAGAAGAGUGUUACGAGUGUUGUUACGCAGUACAUCACGUUUUACUUGGAUCAGUAUGCUGCGGACCGUGUGUCGAACUGGAAGUCGAAGGAUACGGCCGUGUAUUUGCUUACCGCUAUCGCUGCAAAGGGUGUCGUUUCUCAGCUUGGUGUUACUUCUACGAACAUGAUGGUCGAUGUCGUCGAUUUCUUCACGAAGAACAUCGCGCCGGAUUUGACUACUUCUUUCGAUGAGGUUCACCCCAUCUUGAAGGUCGAUGCGAUCAAGUAUAUCUAUACGUUUAGAAACCAGUUGACGAAGGAACAGUUGGUUUCUAUCUUCCCCGUUUUGGUGAAUCACUUGCAGAGCCCGAACUACGUUGUCUACACCUACACCGCUAUCACCAUCGAGCGUAUCUUGUUCUUGAAGAGGCAGAACACCAUGUUGUUCAACAAAGCCGACAUCCAGCCCUUCGCCAAGGACUUGCUGGAGCAGUUGUUCAGGUUGAUCGAGCAAGCCGACACUCCCCAGAAAUUGGCCGAGAACGACUUCUUGAUGAGAGCGGUGAUGAGAGUGAUUAUCACUUCCCGCGACAACAUUGUUGCGCUCACCUCGAUGACCAUCGAGCACCUCACCAAGAUCUUGAUCGAGAUCAGCAAGAACCCCUCCAAUCCCCGCUUCAACCACUUCGUCUUCGAGUCCCUCGGUGCAUUGGUCCGCUUCGUUGUACCCACCUCCCCCGCUGCAUUGAGUCAGUUUGAGGCACUCCUCUUCCCUCCCUUCCAUGCGAUUUUGGGACAGGAUGUUACUGAGUUCAUCCCGUAUGUGUUCCAACUCAUGAGUCAGUUGUUGGAGGCACACGCGGCUGGUGAUCUCCCUGAUUCGUACAAGGUCUUGCUUGCGCCGCUGUUGACCCCCGCGCUUUGGGAUUCCCGGGGUAACAUCCCGCCCCUUGUGCGUUUGUUGCAGGCGUUUUUGUUGAGGGGUGGAAAUGUCGUGGUCGAGACCAACAAGCUCCAGGCGAUCCUCGGCAUUUUUCAAAAGUUGGUGGCGAGCAAGCUCAAUGACCACUAUGGAUUCGAUCUGUUGGAGACGGUGUUUGCGAGUGUUCCGGUUGCUACCCUUCAGCCUUUCGUGAAGCAGAUCUUCUUGUUGCUGUUGACGAGGUUGAACUCUUCCAAGACUGAGAAAUUUACGUUGAGGUUUGUGGUGUUCGUUUACUACCUCGCUGGAAUGCAAAAGGAGGGUGCCGGACCAGACUUCGUUGUUGCGUCCAUCGACAGCGUGCAGCCCGGUCUUUUCGGCCAGCUCAUGCAGGCGAUCUUGUUGGGUGACGCACAGAAGGUCAAGGGUAACGCCGAGCGCAAGAUCUGUGCCGUUGGUAUGACCCGCUUUCUCUCCGACUCCACCGCCCUUCAUUCCGAACCCUACCAGAAGAUCUGGAUGCUCCUCCUCACGGCACUCCUCAAGCUCUUCGAACUCCCCAUGGAGGAGUCUAAGGGCGAUGACGAAAUUGAGGAAGUCGAUGUCGAGGACGUUACCUUCCAGGCUUCGUACUCUCGCUUGGGGACGGCUGGUAAGACGAAGGCUGAUCCAUUCGCUGCUGUGCCUGAGCCGAAGAGGUUUUUGGCGGAGCAGUUGACGAAGGUUGAUGCAGCUAGUGGUGGCCAAAUCGUUGCUACUAUCAAGAGUAGAUUGCCUGCUGAUGCGCAGGUUGUGUUGAAGGGGUACGGAAUGUCGUUGUAA